CAUGGCGGUGUCUAUAAAAGGCGGCGCUGUCCAGGCGGCGUCCGCAGUGUCCGUGGGCGAUGGCCGGAGAAGAACCUCGACGCGCGCCCCCACGGCGAGUGGACAGCGGCGCGCUCCCGCCAGGGAUCCUUCAAGACACAAUCCAUCGCCCUGGUCAUCCACUGGUCAACGAGGCUUCACCGGCCGGACCGGGUCUGCGUUCCGGACACGACCAAGGGUCAAGGCCAAAGACAUCGCCCCUCUCCCCCAAUUUAAUAAAAUAUCCCCUCAGGGGUCACUCCCUCCUUCCUUCCCACCCGCCCUGUCCAGAGGAGCGAAGGAAGGAGCGAAUCUUCACACUGGAAGCGACAGGAACCUCUUCAUUCCAGCAACGCUGAAAGCCAAGACCAAGGGUGAAGUUUGCAACACAAUAAACAAGAAGUAUGAGGAGUUCAUCCCAAGUUUAAAAAAUGGAGAGGAUUUGGUAAAUCAGGUGGUUGAAAUCUCGAUGGAGAUUGAUGUCCUUAAGUCACAAAUUGAAAAUGAGGUGCAGAGAGACCUCCGUGUUGCUGUUACUGAGUUCAGUGAACUGAAACAACAGUUGGAAAAAAGUACAGUUUUAUUGAGUGUGUUAACACAAUUACAUGAGUUUGAUACAGCCCUAGAAACACAUCAGCAAGCUUUGUUGGAAAAAAAUUAUACCAAAUCUGCAGAGCAUCUCAAUAAGGCACAGCACAAUCUUAACCUACUAAAAUCAAGGAAGGGUGUUGAGCUGAAGAUGUUGCAAGUACUUGGCACAGAGCUCAUUGUGCAGAAGGAGAAAUUAUUGUAUCAUUUAGGGGAAGAGUGGAAACAGCUGGCAGUAUGGAACCUUCCCCCUUCACCAGCACCAACAAAAGCUGAGGAUUUGUUCAGAUGGACUUUGAAAACUGAGCUACGCUUAUGCAACAUGACAUCAAGGAGGAAGAGUGAUCUUGAGACACUGCUUUUAUCAAUACUUCAAGGAUUCGCUAUUCUUGGUGAACUGAACAGAAAACUGAAAUUCUUUAGUCAGAUCUUGUUGAAAUAUAUUUUGAAACCACUGGUUGUCGAGCCGUCCCUUGAUGUUGAGAUUGAACUUCGGGCUAAUGAUGCCGUUUUAAGGUUCAGCGCAGUUAAAAGCAAAUGUGAACAUGAGUUACCAGCAAAGGUUUACCUGAAGAUCACAACCGUCUUGGAGUUCCUGUACCAACAUUUGCUUCCAGAUAUUCCGCUCUGGGUCUCUGUGGACCGUAAAGAAAAGCAGGAUAUAAACCUAGCAGAGUUGCUGGGAGGCAUGAUCUGGGAGGAAUUAUCAGAAAUCAUUAUUAAGAACUGUUUGGUAUUUUCUAUACCAGCAAACAGCAGCCAGUUAGAGCUGUAUGAAGAGGUGAUAAAAGCCACAGAUAAAUUUGAGGAAAAACUCAAAGAGAUGCAGUUUUUGCAGAACCAUUCCACGGACCUAUUGAAAUAUGCAAGAAAUGUUAAUGUUCAUUUUGCCAGUAAGAAGUGUCAAGAUGUGAUUGUGACUGCCAGAAACCUGAUGACAUCUGAAAUCCACAACACCGUUCAGAUUUCAGCUGAUUCCAGGAUCUCCAUUCCAAAGCUUCCCAGUCUAGGAUUAGUCAGUAAAGUAAAAGUGCCCGUGAUUUCCAACAUUGUUCCGAGAGACAUGGUGACCCUGGGGAGCGGGAAGCAACUCAGCAGUCGAACAAUGUGUUUGCCUACCUGCCGCAUCAGUCAAUCUGUUCAGACAUUGAUGGAACUGGCUUAUCAGACACUUUCAGAGGCAACAAGUGCUACACCUGAAUGCGCUGUGCAGUUGUUCUACACUGUUAGAAACAUGUUCCACUUGUUCUACGAUGUUGUUCCGACAUAUCACAAGGAGACUCUGCAGAAGUUGCCCCAGCUAGCUGCUAUACACCACAACAAUUGCAUGUACAUUGCUCACCAUUUGAUCACGCUUGGACACCAAUUCCAGUAUCGGCUUCCAAGUCCUUUGUGCAAUGGAGCUGCAACCUUCGUAGACUUUGUGCCAAGUUUUAGGCGACUAGGUACAGAAUGUUUUUUGGCACAGUUGCGUACGCAGAGAGACGAGUUAUUGGAAAGGUUAUCAACUGCGAGAAAUCUAUCAAGUCUGGAGGAUGCUGAUAAUUACUCAGCUGCAAACAAAGCGGUCCGACAGGUGAUCCAUCAGUUGAAGCGGCUGGGCAAAGUUUGGCAAGAUGUACUUCCAGUUCACAUAUAUUGCAAAGCUUUGGGUACUUUGCUUAAUACAGCAAUUACAGAUAUUGUGAACAAAAUCACAAUGCUGGAGGACAUCACCUCAGAAAGUGCUGAUGGCCUUUAUGCAUUAUGUAGAACUAUACUUGAAGAGGGGCCUGGAAUUUUUCAACCAUUACUUGAAGAAAGCAAGAACAAAACAUUUCAGGAAGAGAUACCAAUUUAUGUGCCAAAGUGGCUGAAAUUCCAAGAGCUAAUGAUGGUUCUUCAGGCUAAUCUGCAGGAGCUGUUGGACAGGUGGACCGAUGGGAAAGGACCAUUUGCAGCAGAAUUUUCUCCAAUUGAGGCAAAGAAUUUGAUCCGAGCUUUGUUUCAGAACACAGAGCGAAGAGCAGCAGCGCUGGCUGAAAUUAAAUGAUUAAUGUCUCAUGCAUUCAAGAAAUAUAUAUUUAACUUGUAGGCAAUACCAUUUUGAUCCACUGAUGUUGAUUACAUUUGUAGAAUAUUGCAGCAAUAUGUUCAGAAAACCUUAUUUUAUGGAAUUAAAAAAUAAAUACUUUUCAAAUCAUA